AUGCCCGACCCAUCGGACGACAGAGACCGGCCGAGACCCGGUGCGUUCGGCGCGAACCCGUUAAGUUUGUCCUUGGGACAGUCUGAAUUCAAUCAGUGGGCCAAACGUGCGAAAAACCAAGACGCCGCGCCGAUCAACGGACGAAACGGCGCGCACGGACGCCCAAACGCGAGCGCGCCCGCGUCGUCGUCGAACGCGAGAGAUGUGGGGUCGAGAGACGGCCGGGUGAAGACGCGGUAUAAGACGCCGUACAUGACGACGGAUGAUCUGAAAAAGGCGCCGCGGGCGUGGAGAGAGUUUCUGUGCACGGAUCACCUCAUGAAGUCGUACUCGAUCCCGACGAACGUGGAUGAUGCGAGGGAACGAUUGGAUGGGAACGUGUACGAUUACGUGGGGAAUUACGCGCGGAUGGGGGUGAUAAUUGGGUGCGCGGUGCUGUAUAGGAAUCCGACAGCCGUCGUGGGCGCGGUGGCGACGGCAAAGUUGUACAGAUGGAUGGAUCUAAACAUCGGGGCGACGAGCGAGAUGCAAGGGUUUAAGAUGGUUGGGACGGUCUUAGCGUGGUUUGUCAUGAUGUACACCAAGGCGUCGGCGGCGCUGUCGAAGACGGUGUUGCUUACGGCGGCGUUUUUGCUUGUGCACGGAUGUCUCCGAAGGCGAGACGCGCCGAAACUGGUGAAGAUUGGGCGACACACCGGGAUCUCCAAGUGGGAGAUGCAAUCGCCGAAGAAGAAAUCGAGAUAG